AUGAAAGUAUCUAGCCUUGAAGACGCGGACAGAUUACAAACUACCCUCGAUCUGCUCCAUAAUUGGUCGAAUAAGUGGCAGUUGCCCGUAAAUAGUGACCAAUGCUCUGUUCUCUCUGUUGGCUCAUCAAACCCAUUUGGAGAUUACCACAUUGGUGGUUCUUUGCUCAGUAGGGCAACCCAAGAGAGGGACCUUGGAGUGAUAGUGUCAUCAGACCUCGAAUCUAUUCAAGACACCCAGAAGCAGGUCGCCGCGGCCCAUAGGAAGCUUUAUUCUAUAAGUAAAUGGUCUUCUCUCCUAGUCUCGAGGCGUUCCGACUCCUCUUUAGCUCACAGUUAU